AAUGCUUUUCCCAACGACCGCGACAACUUGACGCGAUAUCAAUCAACUAAUUCGCCAUACUCUACUUCUCACGCCUUUGCUACCACCCCCUUUAUGGAUACACUCACCACCAAAUAGUUACUUUGCACUGCAGAAUUCUCUCUCUUCCCGCCAAACCAUGCCACGGAAGCUCCCUUGGCAAAAUACUCCCAUAGUUGCAUCGCGGGGUCAAAACAGGACAGCAACGGCAACGACUUCAACUUCGGCAGUAAGACGACAAAAACGACAGAAAACGGAGUCGGAAGGCGAUAGCGAUGCUGUGAGGUCUCCAUCUGGGAGGAACGCUCAUAAGAACAACAGUAUGUCGUGUCAACAGGGUUGUGAUCUUUACUGAGUUGAUCUAGUACCUCGAGCAGCAUCGACAUCCCCACCACCAGAACCCCCGCCAGAGAAGUACGAUAUAGCAGCCUCUUUCUUGGAUAUCAAUUGAUUUCCGGCAGGUUCAUGCGUGAUGGCAUGGAAAACGAUGACAAGUACCGUAUGGUCGAAGACGAAUUCCUGACCGUAGCACACCAGUUCACCGUUCAUCUCCACGCCGCCGAGUAUAAACGGCAGCAGGGACUGGUCAAAGCUCGGAACGCCGACGCUAUAAAUUCGAUUUCUCGACCCGUUGCAGGAAAGAUGACGGACAACGUCAAGCGUAAGAUAGAGACAGAAAACCGGUCGAAGGCACAAAGAAACGCCCUCGAGACUCUUGUUGGAAAGAAGCCCAAGGAAGCGGACUCGAACGACAGCAACGACGAGGUCCUCCCGUAUUUUGGAAUAACGCUACAUGGGCUCAUGGAUAGCCCAAGAAAAAAGGCUUCUUCAUUGCUGAAGCUGAAAAAUGGUCCAAUUAAUGCAACGACCCGUGCGGCAGCUGGCUUCCAAAAACCUGGCACCCAUAUAUCGUCGGCGACCCCUGUAUACAGUCCGUCAAGAUCCAAAUUCAUCAAAUCAGACCCCGACGUGAAACCUGAUCCAACUCUGGACGACGCUGAAGCGGCAUCUGAUGACGAUGAUCUUGAUGCCCCAAUAAUAGCACCGAAGUUUACUGCGGUCCUAAAGGAGGAAACUACUUCUUCCUUAUCAGGGGAUUCUUUUGUUACUAAAGCUCCACGAAAUUCUACUCAAGCGCCGAAUGUUACGAAAAGGUCAUCUAUUACGACCACUCCCAAGAUAGCAACAGCGACGAUGGAUAGUACAGAAACUCCUGUCAAAGACAGUCCUCGUCUGUCUAGACGUGGGUAUGCUCGACUUCGCAAAGCGAAGCUAGCCCUCGAUCGACCAAAAAAUAAACAGUUGGAUGUUAUACCUACAUUCCUUUGA